AUGGUUACUGUUGCUAUGGCCUAUGGUUACCGUGGUGCUAUGGCCCACGGUUACCGUGGUGCUAUGGCCCAUGGUUACUGUGGUGCUAUGGCCCACGGUUACCGUGGUGCUAUGGCCCAUGGUUACUGUGGUGCUAUGGCCCAUGGUUACUGUGGUGCUAUGGCCCAUGGUUACUGUGGUGCUAUGGCCCAUGGUUACUGUGGUGCUAUGGCCCAUGGUUACUGUGGUGCUAUGGCCCAUGGUUACUGUGGUGCUAUGGCCCACGGUUACCGUGGUGCUAUGGCCCAUGGUUACUGUGGUGCUAUGGCCAAUGGUUACUGUGAUGCUAUGGCCCAUGGUUACUGUGGUGCUAUGGCCCAUGGUUACUGUGGUGCUAUGGCCCACGGUUACCGUGGUGCUAUGGCCCACGGUUACUGUGGUGCUAUGGCCAAUGGUUACUGUGAUGCUAUGGCCCAUGGUUACUGUGGUGCUAUGGCCCAUGGUUACUGUGGUGCUAUGGCCCAUGGUUACUGUGGUGCUUUGGCCAAUGGUUACUGUGGUGCUAUGGCCAAUGGUUACUGUGGUGCUAUGGCCCAUGGUUACUGUGUUGCUAUGGCCCAUGGUUACUGUGCUAUGGCCCAUGGUUACUGUGGUGCUAUGGCCCACGGUUACCGUGUUGCUAUGGCCCAUGGUUACUGUGCUAUGGCCCAUGGUUACUGUGGUGCUAUGGCCCACGGUUACCGUGUUGUUAUGGCCCAUGGUUACUGUGCUAUGGCCCAUGGUUACUGUGGUGCUAUGGCCCACGGUUACCGUGUUGCUAUGGCCCAUGGUUACUGUGCUAUGGCCCAUGGUUACUGUGGUGCUAUGGCCCACGGUUACCGUGUUGUUAUGGCCCAUGGUUACUGUGCUAUGGCCCAUGGUUACUGUGGUGCUAUGGCCCAUGGUUACUGUGGUGCUAUGGCCCAUGGUUACUGUGGUGCUAUGGCCCAUGGUUACUGUGGUGCUAUGGCCCAUGGUUACUGUUGCUGUGGUCUACCAAAGACGCGCGGCGGGGAAACUUUAGUAUGA